AAACUUUUUCUGAUUUUAGAUGAUUCUAACGAAAAAGAAUAUUUAAAAUUUGUAUGGAGUAGGUCUUCAAUUAAAUGUCUGAUGAGUACCUAUGUUGAAUUUGAAAAAAAAUUUGAUGACAGUAAAAGUACAAAAAUUCAAAUAUGGAACGAUAUUAGUGCUGAACUUAACAAAUUUGGAUUUUCUGUAACAGGUGAAAUGUGUCAGCGCAAAUGGAGGACACAUACCACAACGUAUAAAAAUAUUAAAGAAAAAAACUCAAAAACUGGUCGUGGACGAGAUUCAUGGGAAUAUUUUGAUGAAAUGGAGUCUAUUUUUUCUAAGGAUCCUAGUUAUACUCCAUUAGCCACUAUAUCUUGUGGCGUUAAGUCCGUAGAACGCCACAUUGACUCUUCAUUGUAUGCAACAGCUACUGGAGCAAGCACAAACAUAAUGCCACCAAAAUCACCUGAUGAACCAUUAGCUAAAAAACAGAAAACAAAUAAAAAAAAAGUAGUUAGUGAUCACCUUGAAAAAAUAGCUAGUCACAUGGCUGACUUUAAUGAAAUUUUCAGAAAUUUAGUUCAAUCUGAAUCUGAAAAAAAUGCUCUGCUUAAACAAUUAUUAGAUAAGUAAUUUUAAAAUCACUAUUUAACUAUUAAUAUUUCUAUUUACAUAAUUUUUACUUUGUAUGUAUCUUUAUAUUCUACACCUUGUUGCUAUUAGAAAUUAGUUUAGUCUUCUUCCACUUGGCUUGAUCAUUAAUAUUUUUCUUCUUAAUUAUAUUCAUUAAAAAUUUCAGAAGCUCUUUAAACUUAAAAUAA